AUGUCGACUGACAAGAUUACCUUCUUGACGAACUGGCACGCCACGCCGUACCAUGCGCCACUCUACCUUGCCCAAGCGAAGGGGUUCUUCAAGGAUGAAGGAAUCAAGGUCGCGCUGCUCGAACCGAAUGACCCUAGUGACGUGACCGAGAUCAUCGGAACUGAGAAGGUGGACCUUGGAUUCAAAGCCAUGAUUCACACUCUCGCGGCCAAGGCUCGCAACUUUCCGGUUCUUUCUAUUGCUAGCCUGCUCGACGAGCCGUUCACCGGCGUCAUUUACCUGAAGGACUCGGGCAUCACGACUGACUUCCACAGCCUAAAGGGAAAGCGCAUUGGCUAUGUUGGAGAGUUUGGCAAGAUCCAGAUCGAUGAACUUACCGCGCACUACGGCAUGUCGCCCUCGGACUACACUGCUGUCCGUUGUGGCAUGAACGUCGCCAAGGCCAUUAUUAAAGGUGACAUUGAUGCCGGCAUCGGUCUCGAGAACGUGCAGAUGGUGGAACUCGAGGAGUGGCUCGCGUCUCAAGGCCGUCCCAAAACCGACGUGCAAAUGCUUCGUAUCGACGAGCUCGCAGAGCUCGGCUGCUGCUGUUUCUGUACGAUCCUGUACAUCGGCAAUGAGCGCUUUAUUCGGGAGAAUCCAGACAAGGUCCGCGCGUUCCUCCGUGCCGUGAAGAAGGCGACCGACUUCGUUAUCCAAGAGCCCGAGAAGGCCUGGGCUGAGUACGUCGACUUUAAGCCUGUCAUGGGUACGGAGCUCAACCGGAAGAUUUUUGAGCGCAGCUAUGCCUACUUUUCCAAGGAUCUCAAGAACGUCAAGCGAGACUGGGCCAAGGUUACCAAGUAUGGUAAGCGGCUCGGUGUCUUGGACCAAAACUUCGAACCAAAUUACACCAACCGUUUCCUGGAUUGGGUUCUCGAGCCAGAAUCGAAGGACCCAACCGGUGACCAGAAGAAGAUGGCGCAGCUGCAGAAGGAGGUGGCAGCUCAUGGUGGCUUCCAACGUCUGGCGGUUUAG